CUUUGGGUCACUUGAAUAGCACCUAGUCAUCCCAGGGUGGUAAAAAAAAAAUACAAAGUCUUGCGUCUCCUUUUUUCCUUUCCUCUUUUUUUUCCUUUCUUCCGUUUUCCUUUUCUCUCACUUGUAUAAUUUGAAGUGGCAUUAGGAGCGCCAGGCGAGGCGAGCCUGAUAUUGGGCGAGAAGUCCAGCGCACCGGAGACCAGCAGUUUCAGUUGCGUCUUUAGCUCAGUCUCCCCAAAGCUGCUCGAAGUUCGAGUCGGAGCACCAGAAAGGACUGUCGCUGCUUCACGCACGCAUCGGGGAGGACGGAGAAUUUAAACUAUAACAUCACAAAAUCUCAUACGGACAGCCUCGCGUGGAUUCGGCAAAGCUACAGGACGGCAAAUGGGAGGUGCUCAUCACAGCUCUGCACUUGACAAGUCUAAUCUGAAGCAGUGACCUCUUCCAUUCCAAGGCCCUACAAAUGAUGAUCUUCUUGCCUCUGGACUGAGAGCCUUUUAUUUUCUGGAAAACUAAAUUAAAAUAAACGAUUGGAGCUUUCUUUCUUUCUUUGUUUAUUUUUUUUUCUUUGACAUUUAUCUCUUCUUUGGCAAAAGCCUACUGUGUGAUGGAGAUGACAAUAAUUCUCCUAUUCUGUCUUUGUGGGAUGAGCCUAUCGGAACAUGUGGAGUCGGGAUCUAAUGUGCAGCCAGGUAAAGAUGGAGUUACUCGUCACAGAGUGAAACGCAGUUGGGUGUGGAAUCAGUUCUUUGUUCUAGAAGAGUACACUGGAAAUGACCCCCUCUAUGUUGGCAAGCUUCACUCUGAUGUUGACCAAGGAGACGGCAACGUCAAAUACGUUUUGUCUGGAGAAGGAGCUACCUCCAUCUUUAUCAUUGAUGAAAACACUGGGGAUAUACAUGCAACCAAGAGGCUAGAUCGUGAAGAACAAGCAUACUACACCUUGCGAGCGCAAGCUGUAGACCGUUUGACCAACAAGCCAGUAGAGCCAGAGUCCGAAUUUGUUAUUAAAAUACAGGACAUAAAUGAUAAUGAACCAAAAUUCUUGGAUGGACCUUAUACAGCCGGGGUUCCAGAGAUGUCACCUGUGGGAACUUCAGUCAUUCAGGUUACUGCCACCGAUGCCGAUGAUCCAACUUAUGGAAACAGCGCCAGAGUAGUCUACAGUAUUCUACAGGGACAGCCAUACUUCUCAGUGGAACCAAAAACAGGCAUUAUCAGGACUGCUCUUCCCAACAUGGACAGAGAAGCUAAGGAUCAGUAUCUCCUGGUCAUUCAAGCAAAGGACAUGGUAGGACAAAUGGGAGGCCUGUCCGGAACGACUUCGGUGACUGUCACCCUCUCCGAUGUUAAUGACAAUCCACCACGCUUCCCGCGCAAAUCCUAUCAAUACAAUAUACCAGAGUCGUUGCCUGCGGUCUCUGUAGUUGCCAAGAUAAAAGCUGCAGAUGCUGAUGUGGGACCAAAUGCUGAAAUGGAAUAUAGGAUUAUAGAUGGCGAUGGCCUUGGGAUGUUUAAAAUUUCUACAGACAAAGAAACUCAGGAGGGAGUCAUAUCACUUGAAAAGGAAUUGGACUUUGAAACAAAAUCAAGCUAUAACUUAAGAAUUGAAGUCACGAACAAAAACAAUGACACUCAGUAUAUGAACCUGGGACUCUUUAGUGAUAUGACGGCCGUGAAGAUCAUCGUGGAGGAUGUGGACGAGCCACCCAUAUUUAACUCGCCUGUUAACAGGAUGGUAGUUUCUGAAGAGGCUAAGAUUGGGACCGUCAUUGGAACCGUGGCUGCACAUGACCCCGAUGCCUCCAACAGUCCAAUUAGGUACUCAAUUGAUCGUAAUACUGACCUAGAAAGAUACUUCAACAUUGAUGCCACAACAGGUGUCAUUAGCACAGCAAAGCAACUAGACCGAGAAAUGAAUGCUGUCCAUAAUAUUACACUUCUAGCAAUGGAAAGUUACAACCCCACUCAAGUUGGAAAGGGAAUUGCCCUCAUCACAGUUUUGGACAUUAAUGACAAUGCACCGAUGUUCGCAAUUGAGUAUGAAACAUUUCUCUGUGAACAUGCACAACCGGGUGAGGUUAUCCAAACAAUAAGUGCUGUUGACAAAGAUGAACCGCCCAGUGGUCACAGAUUUUACUUUGCCCUGACUCCAGAGACGGCAAGCAAUUUAAACUUUACCCUCAGAGACAACAAAGAUAAUACUGCAUCAAUUCUUACCAAAAGAAGUGACUUCAGAAGACAAGAGCAAUCGAUAUACAAGUUGCCGAUCUUGAUCGUGGACAGCGGGACUCCUUCACUGAGCAGCACAAACACGUUAACAAUUCGGGUUUGUGACUGUGAUCCAGAUGGCACGGCCCAAUCCUGUAAUGCUGAAGCAUAUAUUCUACCAGCUGGACUUAGCACUGGAGCACUUAUAGCAAUAUUAGCCUGCGUCCUCACAUUGUUAGUUAAGGGGUCUGCAUACUUUGACAAUGAGAAGAAGAAAGAAGGAGCCCCUCAUAUUGAUGAGGAAAGAGACAUUCGAGAGAAUAUCGUCAGGUACGACGAUGAGGGAGGCGGGGAAGAGGACACCGAGGCCUUUGAUAUGGCUGCUCUGAGGAACCUCAAUGUCAUCAGAGACACCAAGACUCGGAGGGAUGUGACUCCAGAAAUCCAGUUCUUCUCUAGGCCUUCUUUUAAAAGUAUUCCUGACAAUGUUAUUUUUAGAGAGUUCAUAUGGGAGAGACUAAAAGAAGCCGACAUUGAUCCCUGUGCUCCUCCCUAUGACUCCCUGCAGACUUAUGCUUUUGAAGGCAACGGCUCAGUCGCAGAGUCACUCAGCUCAUUAGAAUCACUGAGCACAGACUCGGACCAGAAUUAUGAUUACCUCAGUGACUGGGGACCUCGUUUCAAGAAAUUGGCAGACAUGUAUGGAAACAAUUCUGAGGACAGUAUAUUUUCUUAGCCUUGGAGUUAUAACGUGGAGCGUGCACUAAAGACAUUUAUUAUGAAAGUGUUAAAAUUUGAAAAGAACAAAACCUAACUUUAGAGCUGUGGAACAUUCAAUAGAGCUAAGUCAAUUAAAAUGAUUCAAGCAAUUUUUAAUAACCUUUGAAAAUAAGUCACGAACGACUAAGCACUUGUUUAUGCCUACACGGAAUUGCGGCUCAAAGAGGCAAGACACAAAGCUGCCUCCGUCUCAUCAAAUGAUGCUCAGAUUCCCAUUCCACUGCCCUGAUAAACCUGAAGAUCUGUGUGUUAUUUAAAGCAAUGUCUUACAUGUUUCCUGUUUUCAAUAUGGCAUUUGCUAUUUAUGUAUUCUGUCUGUAGUAAUUAGACAGUACAUCAAUCAGCCAUUGCAGCAAAAGCGCAUCCCAGCAUGUAUGUUGUGGGUCCUUGGAUAUUUUUAAAGGAGCCCAUAUGGAAGUGUGCCAAUGGUCAAAGAGAUUCGGUGUCUAAAUGAUCUGUGGGUCUGACAUGGGUCUGACACCAUAUGCGCUCUAUUACUAUGUAAAAGAGAUUUUCGUAAUCACACUUAUUAAAAGAAUUAAAUUCGGACACAUCUAGAAAAACGUUGAUGUGCACCUAUGGAAAUACCUGCUGUCUGUUUGAGACUUGUGAUAUCUCUUCUGAUUAGUACAGGAGAAUUUUUCCUUGCUUUUUUUUGUUUUUAAUAUUUGAUAAAAGGCAUUUAUAUUUAUUUUGAAACUGCAGGCUAAGUUUAGUGAAAUGUGUCUUUCCUUUGUAAUCUGGAAUCUAUUUAAUUUUAAUGUGGAUAGAAUGUGUUUAAAGUGGCGCAUUUUAUGUAAUA